CUCCAACUGGGCUUAACUGUGACACUGCGGACAAUCAUUUUGAGAAGCAGAACCAAACCACACCUGGCUGCAUGCAGAUCUCUCUCACAGCUUGGGCAUCAAAAUGGCACCUCUCAUGAGUCUUCUCUGCUUGUGCCUGGUUGGACAAGUCAUUGGCCAAGACAUGCCCCAUGAGGAAUAUAUGGCCCAGAUCCAUGCCUGCCCCAAAGAGUGCCGCUGCCCCGCUGACUUCCCCCGUGCCGUCUACUGUGACAAUAGAGGCCUGAAGAUCAUCCCCAACAUCCCUCCACACACAUGGUGUCUUUACCUGCAGAACGAUCUUAUCGAAGUCCUGUCAGCAGAUGCCCUGCGUAACGCCACACAGCUGCGCUGGUUGAACUUAAAUCGCAACGGAAUCAGUAGUAAGGGAGUAGAAGAAGGUGUCCUCAGUAAAAUGUCUCACCUGGCACACCUCUACAUGGAUGAGAACCUCUUGUCCACUGUGCCUUCUCACCUGCCAGCCAGCCUGGAGCAUCUUCGUCUCUCUCGCAAUCGCAUCUCCAGGAUCCCUUCUCGUGUCUUCCUGGGUCUGAAUAAGCUUAACCUCCUAGACCUUCAAAGGAACAAGCUGAUGGAUGAUGAUGUGACUGAGGUGAGCCUGAAAGGUCUAAAGAACCUGGUACAGAUCAAUCUAGCCAAGAACCAGCUGAGUAGGAUGCCUCUUGGCUUACCACCCACCACCACCCAGCUGUUCCUUGAUGGCAACAACAUUGAGAAGAUCCCAGCCAAUUUCUUCAAAGAUUUGGCAAAAGUGGCAUUUCUGAGACUCAACCACAACAAGCUUGGAAGCACUGGAGUUUCCAAAAAUGUGUUCAAUGUCUCCAGCAUUUUGGACUUGCAGCUGUCCCACAACCAGCUGACCGAGGCUCCCCUCAUUUCCUCGGGCCUUGAACAACUUCACCUCGACCACAACAAUAUCAAAAGUGUAAGUGGCGCCAACGUCUGUCCUGUCGCCAUUGACGCUGUGGACGACUCCGCUAACGAAAGUGUUCCUCGACUGCGUUAUCUCAGACUGGAUGGCAAUAGGAUCAAGCCACCAAUUCCAAGGGAUGUCAUUCUGUGCUUCCGAAUGCUGACGUCCAUUGUCAUCUAAAGAAAAUAAAAAUACAUCGCCGUGUUGUGAGAAAAUUCUAAUUCCUCACAAAUGGAAAUAUAGGGCAAGUUCAGACAGGAAGACCAUACCCCUCAUGUCAGCCAUUUUCUCCUUCACAUGUCUGCUAAGCAUUUCUCACAUGCUCACUCAUUGUUUACCUGCUGUUAUUGCUCGGCACCGUCAAUCAUGACACCAGCUGCACAGAUCAUCUGGUCCAUUCUAUCCAAUAAGCACGGGGGAAACAAUGACACGGCGAGCCAAUCAUCUCACGACCGUAUCAUUCAAAUAUGACCGUCUCUCUACCUUCAGUUCAUUCAGGUUGCUGUCAUGCACCCCUCCACCUGCCCAUCUCCACCCAGUCUUCACGGAUCCAUCAGCUUCAACUCAUCACCCCAUCAGCUCACCAGCCACCACCAGGUCUGGACUCCACGGGGGGAUCUAUCUCGUUGCUGAUCGGGACAGUCGGCCCUCAAUUACAAAUCUCCCCGUCGAGUCCAAACGCCAAAGACUCUGAGACUUCAUCAUUGCAUAUCAUCUGUUAACAAUAAACA